UCUCUUCUCUCCUCUCCUCUCCUCCAGGUGCAUGCAAGAAUUCAACAGAGAGGGAGGGAGAGAGAGGGAGGGCGAGAGCAAGAAGAUGGGGAGGAGCCCGAGGUGCGACAAGGACGGGCUGAACAAAGGAGCAUGGACAGCUGCUGAAGACAAGAUCCUGAUGGACUACGUCAAGCUUCACGGGGAAGGCAAAUGGAGUCGGCUCUCCAGGGAAACUGGUCUCAGAAGAUGCGGCAAGAGCUGCAGGCUGCGUUGGAUGAACUACCUUAGGCCCGACAUUAAGAGAGGGAACAUCUCGCCCGACGAAGAAGAACUAAUCAUCCGGCUUCAUAAGCUAUUGGGCAACAGAUGGUCGUUAAUUGCUGGAAGACUUCCGGGGCGUACAGACAAUGAGAUAAAGAACUAUUGGAACACCAACUUGGCCAAGAAGCCCGAAGCAACGAGAUCGGUCCAAUUUCACUAUUUGCCAAGAGAGCUGACGGUCCAACCUCAUGGGACAUCGCAGCAAGAGCUGGAACAGGAGAGGGUGCUGGAAAGCAACAUUCAUGGAGUCGCCAAUCCAGAGCCACAAGUUGCUCAACAGAAUGCUACUAAAGUGGAAUUGGGACCAUCCCCAGAUGGCAAUGACUUGCUGAAGCAAAUGCUUUCAGACUCGGAUAUGAGUGACGGGUCGUUAUCGUUCAACUCAGAGGAGGAAUCGCCAGACUUCAUGAUCGAUUUUAACGUGGACGACAUUUGCCAGAUCCUCGACUCCGAUUUCUCCAAGCUCGGUGCAGAACAAAACGGUUAUGUCCACGACGAGGAGCAAGAAAGCAAGUUUCCGUCUUAUAUAAAUCAGCAAUUCGUGCCGUCCGAGGAAGCGGGGAAGGAUCUGAACGAUAGCUUACGUAUCCGAGACGAUUCGGUCUCGGCAUUCCAAUCGCUGGCAUCGUUAUUUGAAUCGGACGACGAGAAAUGGGCAGGAGAUGGCGAUAAUGUGGACUUCGCUUUAUCAGGAAAGAAUGGUUGAUUACCUAGCUGAGAGUAGUGUAGUCUUGGAGUUGGUCACGAUAAUCAAUCAUGAUCUUGAAGAUUCAUUUCAUCUAUAGGGUUUAGAGAUCCAUGUCACUCUCAGAUAAAUAUUUGUGUUAUCAUUGCAAUUCUCCCAA